AUGAAUUAUGAAGAGACAGAUUUUGGCAUAGAAUAUCCUUUUGAGGAGACUGGUGGAUCUGGUGAUGAAAAUAGAAUUAGAGGAAAUUGGUCUUUAAAAUUGGAUUAUUUAUUCUCAAUUUUUGGUUAUACUUUUGCAUUAGGAAAUUUAUGGCGUUUUCCUUAUUAUUUUGGAAUUAAUGGAGGUAUCGCUUAUUUAAUUCCUUACACAAUUUUAUUUUUUGUUGGUGCUCUUCCAAUUCUUUUUAUGGAGAUUUCACUGGGGCAAUUUGUCAGUUUGGGACCAGCUUCUGUUUGGAAAUUGGCACCUCUUUUUAAAGGUAUUGGAAUUUCUAUGCUUUUUGUCUCUACAUUAAUUGCUAUUUAUUACAAUUUAAUUACUGCCUGGGCAUUAUAUUAUAUGAUUAAUUCGCUUAAAUUCUCUUUACCUUGGACAACAUGUGGAAAUGAAUGGAAUAGUGAAAAUUGUUCUGUUUGGAAUAAAGGGUCAAUUAAUGCUUGUCAACAUUUAAAUGGUUCUUUUCUUUCUAAUGGAACUUGUGUUGAUUUUAAUAAUAUUGAUCCUGGCAACAAUAAUUCAAUUCUUGUUUUGGAUUCAAAUAACAAAACUAUGACGGGAAUUGAAUAUUUUCAGUUAAAAAUUUUUUUGUAUUUUCUUAAAUUUCAAUUUUUAAGCAAUCAAGUUUUGAUGAUCUCUUCGGGAAUUCUUGAUUUUGAAACGAUUAAUUGGCAAUUGGCUAUUUGUUUACUCGUUGCCUGGUUAUUUGUCUUUUUAUGUUCUUUUAAGGGAAUAAAAACAAGUGGAAAGGCAGUUUAUGUCACCGUUUUAUUCCCUUAUAUAAUUCUGAUUGUUCUACUCAUUCGUUUCUUCACGCUUCCUGGCUCUUUCAAUGGAUUUUUGUUUUUUAUGAAGCCAAAUAUUGAAAUUAUUAGAGAUUUAAGAGUUUGGGCUAAUGCCGCUAUUCAAGUGUUUUAUUCACUUUCAACAUGCACUGGAGGGUUAAUUACUUUGUCUAGUUAUAAUAAAUUUCACAAUAAUGUGUUUGCUGAUAUUUGGCUAAUCAGUUUAUUCGACUUUCUCGCUUCUAUUUUAAUGUCUUCUCUAUUAUUCGCUGCUGUUGGCUUUGUUUGUCAUGAAAGGGAUAUUGAACUAACUAAAUUUCAACUUCAAGAAGGUCUUCAAAUGAUUUUUGUUUUUUUCUCGGAUACUCUUUCUAAAGUCCCUGUUGCUCAAAUUUAUUCUCUUUUCUUUUUUACAAUGGUUGCUUUAGUUAUUUUUAAUACAGAGUUAUUUGUUGUUGAGACAAUAGUCUCUUCAAUUUGUGAUUUGUUUCCUGAACGUUUAAGGCGAAGUCACAGACAUGUGCUUACAUUUACAAUUUUUACUUUUUUCGUUUUGGGUAUUCCACUUUGUUCUGCCGCAGGUAUUUAUUGGAUUAUUUUAUUUGAACAUUUUGGUGUUACCUGGCCUUUAAUUAUUAUUGGAUUUUUUGAAGUUAUGACUGUUUGUUGGAUUUAUGGUGUUGACAAUUUUUUGGAUAAUGUUAAAUGGAUGAUUGGAUUUUACCCUCCAUUUUAUUUGGCUUGGAAAAUUCUUUGGAAAUUUAUUUGUCCCUUUAUAUUAUUGUUACUUCUUUCAUUGAUUUGGACUAAUAAUUAUUCAAUUGAAUAUAACUUUUUUGUUUUUCCUCAAUGGUCAAUAAUUCUUGGUUGGACAAUUUCUUUAUCUCCAGUAUUUAUUAUAUUUACAACAAUUUUCUUUUAUUUUAUACAAAGUAGUGGAUCUUUUUCUCAGCGAAUUCGUGAACUUUUGUGUCCAGCUGAUGAUUGGGGUCCAGCAUUAGCUAUUCACAGGGCUGAACUUUAUCCAUUACAAAUUCCUGAAGCCAGAAAAUUAAUGAUACCUCCAUCUAGCAAAAUUUAUAAAAAUGUUGGAAAUAAUGGUUCUCUGGAGCAGUUUAUUGACCGUUAUAAUAAACCUUUUGGUACAGGGAUAUAUCCACAACAUGAAGAUUUUGACAGAAUUAUUUCUAAAAAAUCAUUUCCUGAAGAAAAGGAAACAAUAAUUUAG